AUGGACGCAGUUCUCGCACAGCCAACAUCACAUUCCCAUACUCCACAACCCGAUCGUGUUCCAGCUAUCCAAUUAAAAAAUGAUAUUAAAGUUUGUACUGUGAUAACAGAUAAACCAACCAGCUCAAUUCUUCAUUCGGCCUUACGUACAUAUCCACUAAGUGCCACUGGUGAACUUCCAAGCAAUGAAGCACUUAUGCUAAUGAUUUGCAGACAAUGUACUGUUGAAACAGUCGACGUCGAUGGUCGUUUACCAGAAAAAUUAAGAAAGGCUAUCGUGAUGAAGAUUUCAUCUUGCACGAAGACAAGAAUUUAA